CUCGAAGUGCUCUCUUUGGGCUUUCCGAAAAGGUAUCACAUGUCGAGUUUGGCCUCACGGUUUUAAAGUUAUGGCGUUCCGAAGGGUUAUGUGAUAGAUCUUACUUUUGGAGUGUGUAUUACGACGACGUUUCUAAGCUCUUAAGUGAUGCAGCAAAACCCCGGCAUGGUUGCCGGAUCUUACCGGAGAAAUGAGUUUGUUCGGAACAGAGACGAUUCCGAUGACGGGCUAAAACCCUUGAAAGAUCUUAAUGGUCAGAUAUGUCAGAUCUGUGGUGACAAUGUUGGACUCACUGAAACUGGCAAUGUCUUUGUCGCUUGUAAUGAAUGUGGCUUCCCUUUGUGUCGGUCUUGUUAUGAGUAUGAGAGGAAAGAUGGAUCUCAGUGUUGCCCUCAGUGCAAGACUAAAUUCAGACGGCACAAUGGGACUCCUGGAGUUGAAGGAGAUGAAAAAGAGAAUGAUGUCAAUGAUAUCGAGAAUGAGUUUGAUUAUACCCAGGGAAACAACAAGGCAAGACUCCCACAUCGCGCUGAAGAGUUCUCUUCGUCAUCUCGACUAGAAUCCCAACCAAUUUCUCUUCUUACUCAUGGCCAUCCGGUUUCUGGAGAGAUUCCUACGCCGGAUAGGAAAGCUACUUUGUCUCCUUGUAUUGACCCACAGCUACCUGUGCCUGUAAGAAUCGUCGACCCAUCAAAAGACUUGAACUCUUAUGGGCUUGGGAAUGUUGACUGGAAAGAAAGGAUUGAAGGGAAGGGAGGAGAAUUUGAAGGGACAGGGUCAAAUGGUGAUGAACUCCAAAUGGUUGAUGAUGCUCGACUUCCUAUGAGCCGUGUGUUUCCAAAAUGGUAUCCCAUUAACAGGGAGACUUUUCUUGACAGGCUUGCUUUAAGAUAUGAUCGAGAUGGUGAACCAUCUCAGUUAGCUCCAGUGGAUGUGUUUGUUAGUACGGUGGACCCAAUGAAAGAGCCUCCUCUUGUAACAGCAAACACGGUUCUCUCGAUCCUUGCUAGUGGACUACCCAAGUUUGCAAAGAAAUGGGUACCUUUUUGCAAGAAAUUCAACAUUGAACCUAGAGCUCCUGAGUUCUAUUUUUCCCAGAAGAUAGAUUACUUGAAGGAUAAGAUCCAACCUUCUUUUGUCAAAGAGAGACGGGCAAUGAAGAGAGAGUAUGAGGAGUUUAAAGUGAGGAUCAAUAUCCUUGUUGCUAAAGCACAGAAGAUUCCUGAAGAUGGCUGGACAAUGGAGGAUGGUACACCCUGGCCUGGAAACAACCCUAGAGACCAUCCUGGGAUGAUUCAGGUUUUCUUAGGCCAUAGUGGAGGUCUGGAUACCGAUGGAAAUGAGCUACCUAGGCUCAUCUACGUGUCCCGUGAAAAGCGUCCUGGAUUUCAGCACCACAAGAAGGCUGGAGCUAUGAAUGCCCUGGCCCUCUAUGGGUAUGAUCCUGUUCUAACAGAGGAAGAUCUUGAGCCUAAUAUAAUUAUAAAGAGCUGUUUUGGCUCAAGCAAGAAAGGAAAGAGCAGAAAAAUACCUAACUACGAACAUAACAGAAGCAUCAAGAGAAGUGACUCCAACGUUCCACUUUUCAGUAUGGAAGACAUUGACGAGGGUGUUGAAGGCUAUGAUGAUGAGAUGUCUCUUCUAGUGUCCCAGAAAAGGCUGGAGAAGCGUUUUGGUCAGUCGCCAGUGUUUAUUGCAGCUACCUUCAUGGAACAAGGAGGUCUUCCACCAUCAACCAACCCCACGACUCUUCUCAAGGAGGCGAUUCAUGUCAUAAGCUGUGGUUAUGAGGCCAAGACUGAAUGGGGCAAAGAGUGAGCUGCCCACUUUCAUGCUUCAGCCCUAUAUAAAUUUGUGUUAUAUAAUAGGAAACCCCAUUAAUCUAAGAAGCCAUAGGUCUUGUGAUUAUGUGUUGGUUAUAUAAUGUUUCGUAGUGGGAACUGUUACUAUAAAAAAAAACUCAAAUG